AUGGAGAGCACUAUAGGGUCGCGUGAGACUACCCCAGAAACUCACCCAACCCAAGGGGUUUAUUUCUCACGCAAAACCAUCGUCGGCAUAAUCGAUGCCCUUAUUCCUGGAUGCAACAUUUUGGCUAUUGAUCCUUUACCGCAUGGCAAAUCAUUCAACAAUCGCAUCUACUUUUUGAAGAUAUAUGUUCCUGAAGACCUGCUCGUACAUGGUCUAAAACACGGGGCUGUUAAUGAUUUGGUGUUGAAAUUGAACGGGAAGUUCUUUGACCAGACGAAGAGCGAAAAUGAGGUGUCCUGCUUGUCUCUUCUUGAAUAUUUCGUACCCGAGAUACCGUCACCAAGGAUUCUUGCAUGGUCUGAUGGCAAGAAUUCCAUCAUCCACAGAUUGACUUCCGCGGGGACCCUAGCAAAAAAGGAAUUUGAGGUUAAUUCCGAAGCCGAUGGCCAACUUCAGGGCUGGAUCCUAAUGACUCGACUUCCUGGAGUUCCCUUGUCGACGUUGAAAUUGGAUACGGACAAGCUCAAGGUCGUCGGCGAGCAACUAGCGGACAUAGUCUACCACUGGAGAGAGUCACUACCUACUUGGGCAAGCGCUGGAAACCUCGAAUGUGGAAUUCCUCAUACGAUGGGAGAAGCUCCAAAUUCAGUAGAAGUUGCCGGUUUGCGCAUUGCGUCUUCUUCAUAUAUGCCUGGUUUUGGUGUCAAAGUUGUUGAGCCUAUCAUAAGCCAACUUCAGUACUACAGAGUGAGGCUUGAGGCACGGCUCCAGAGGCUUCAGGAACUCGAUAUAUUUGCUGAAAAUAGGCCUUUAAUAGCUCCAAUCAGAGCGUUUAUCGCCAUUAAAUUGCCGCAGCUCGAAAUAUGUAAUGAGACAAGUCGUUUCCUUUUCACACACUAUGACCUCUCUCCACGCAACGUUUUGAUGUCUGCGGAUCACACAAGGAUCACUGGUAUUAUUGACUUUGAGUUCUCUGGGUUUUUCCCUGAAUUAGAUGAAUUUGUCAAUGAUACUGUGGCAAAUGAGGGCGACUGGCCUGAUGCUUUUUACGAAGCAUAUUUGAGUAGGCUCGAGGCCUGCGGAAUGAAAACUUCAAGAAAAGGCAUUAAAGAACAAUGUUGGAGAGAGGCAACAUCGCUUUCUCGAUUGGAAGACAACAUAGCGCCCUGGUGGCUUGAGAACCUGACACCAGAGGACAGGAACCAACACUCGGAAGACCUCCAGAAGUCCAAAAAAGUGGUUCUGGAAGCCAUUCAGCUACUUGGUGCCGGCAUUUGAUCAAGUUUCUUUCAUCAAAGUCUCUAUCCCAUGGGGUCGCUGAUGUUGGUGCCUGGGUUGUAUUGAUGCUGUGUGAGCAAUUUACGC